GCCGAGUCUCGAGACCGAUUUCUGAGACGGCGACGAGGCAAAGCCGAGUAGCCGCUAUCCAUGCCACCGUAAAGCAAGGUUCUAUAUAAUUCUUACGUAUAGGUUAUAAAAUAGCGGAAUGCUAGCUGCGGGCUGUUGACGCCUUCAGGACCGUAAUCACACAUAGUCUACACCGCGAUCCACACUCGCGCCCUAUUAACGAACGAGUAGAACGUUCACCAUGUCUAUGACAUUCACCCUCCAUGCUGCUCCUAGCACUACCGCGAGCACUGCCGGCUAUCUGAAGCUGGUAGCCCCCCGAAUCGAAGCCUUCACCCGAGACACCCCCGUCUCAGAGAUCAUCGACUCCAUCAAGCUAAACGGCGGCGCCCGCAUUAAAGGCUUCCUCACCCCUGAAGAAGUGGCCUCUGCCGCCUCUGCCGUCCGUCCCCACCUCGACGCAGCCGGGUACGCACGGCCCGACGACCAGACCAAGCGCCUGGGCCGUCUGCCGGAAUAUGCGCCGGCCCUGACAGAGAAGAUCCUGACCGACAGCCUCUACCUGUCCGUGAUGGACACCUUCCUGUCCGUCACGCACACGUCUUGGCUGGGCGACAAACAGUUCGUCGUGACAGAGAAGCCCAUCGUGGCCAUGUCGUCCAUAUUCGAAGUCGGCCCCGGCAUGCACAUGCAGGACCUCCAUCGCGACGACGCGAUCUGGUACACCUCGCGGCCAGCCAUCGAGGCCUCCCAGUACAAGUUCGGCCGCGACACGACCAUCAGCUUUUUCAUCGCGGGCUCACGGACCACGCGCGCCAACGGGGCGACGCGCGUCGUUCCCGGCAGCCACCUGCAGCGGAGCGACGAGCGGCCGAACCAGUCACAGGCCAUCGAUGCCGAGCUGGACGCGGGCGAUGCCUUCUUCAUGCUCUCGAGCGUGUACCACGGUGCUGGCCAGAACUCGACCGAGGACGAGAAGCGCCUGGUGUACGCACUGUUCAUGCAGCAGCCGCAUCUCCGGCAGGAGGAGAACUUCGCGCUCUAUCUUCCGCAUGACAUCGUCAGGGCGUACCCACUGGAGGUUCAGCGGCGUCUGGGGUACGACGUCGCCCUGCCCAACCUCGGCUGGGUCGACCAUGCGUCGCCGCUCGAGAGCGUCCUCAAGCAGAAGGGGGCCGACAGACGGGCGAUCCCGGGGUAUAACCCCAUAGAGGGAGUGGCUGACGGGCGUGCUGAGCACGCUCACGAGUCGAGGGUGCAGUAGUUGGGUUUUGCUCGCUCGGAGAAAUAGGAUGGAUGCGAGCAAGUGCAGAUAGCCGAAGAUUAGUUUCAUAAGGCCGGGUCCACCUCUCGCUCUCUCACUCUUACCUGUUUUGUAUUGCUCGUAAACAUCGUUGUCAUGCGGCGCGAGGAACCAGAUGUGGAAAAUCUCGGGUAUGCCGGCUCGGGGGCACGGCAGACGACCCCUUCAUCGUCUACCGGCUCUCCAAUGAUCCCUACAACCCCCAGAACCUGCUACUCUCCUGCCGCAUCCGUGGGCGCUCCUCGUGAUAGACCCCAUCGUGCUCCUCGUCUCGCUCUCCGCGGCCAUCGUGUACGCGACCCUGCACAUGCUCUCCGCGGCGUACCCUAUCACCUUCCGGGAAAUGCGCGGUUGGUCUGCAGGCACCAAAAGCGGAAAGUGACAUUCACCUGAGCUGGCGAGGCGGGGAGGGGAGGCAGGGUAGGGCCAAGCCGGGCUCUCCUGGUUCGCGUGGACGAGCGUGCCGCCCGCCGACUGGGUGAUCUGCCUGCUGGGCACCACGGUGUUCAGCUUCGGCAACG